AAGAUUUUGUAUGAAAAAAACUUGAAGUUGAUGCACGUAGUAAGAUAUUUUAUUUACGUCAUUUCCUACCAUAUUGCGCCUUGAAUUCAUUCUUCCGUUACUCGCCAUCUUGUCUUUGAUGUGCGCGGAUGUCUAGUACUUGAUCUAAAGCUGAUUUUUCGUAUUGAAGUGCUGUUUUUAUUAUUUCUGAAGAUCAAGAAAAAUUCAAGAAAAUGAGUUACGGCAGACCACCGCCUCGUAUUGAUGGGAUGGUUUCCUUAAAAGUAGAUAAUCUCACGUACAGAACGACGCCGGAGGAUUUGAGACGCGUGUUCGAAAGAUGUGGUGAGGUCGGCGACAUUUACAUCCCUAGAGAUCGCUUUACUCGAGAAAGUCGUGGAUUUGCAUUCGUCAGAUUCUAUGAUAAACGCGAUGCAGAAGAUGCAUUAGAUGCUAUGGAUGGAAGGUUGUUAGAUGGUAGGGAACUUAGAGUUCAAAUGGCACGAUAUGGACGACCAACUUCACCACACCGAAGUCGUGGCAGUCGUCGACGAGGAAGAUCACGUAGCAGGAGCAGAGAUCGAAGACGCUCACGUUCUAGAUCACGUAGUAGAUCAAGAAGUCGUGAUAGAGAUCGUAGGCGUUCAUAUAGUCGCAGUCGUAGCCGCUCGCGUUCUGACAGUAAAAGCUCGCGUGGAAAGUCUCGUUCUCGUAGCAAGUCUCCAGAUAGACAAAAAGAUAGUCGUUCCAAAUCAAGGGACUGAAGUUGAACCAUAUACAAGUACAACUAUGAACAGAUGCACGCGCCGCAAGUGCAGAAUAAUCGUUUCUUGAGAACAAAAAAGGUAUUCUAUUACCCUCUAUAUCUAGAGCAACACUGUCGCACGUUCACAUUUUUUCUGUCACUUACAUAUUAAUUAUGACAACGCACUUCUUGGGUGAAAAAGAUAAAAACCCAAAAACUAAUUUUAAUGUAAUGUAUCUAGACUGUUAGUUUAUUGGACUCGCGAAGAUUUUCAUUUGCAAGUUUUCAUAAUUAUUCUUACUCUGUUAAGUGAUAUAUUGUCUCAAGCAGUGCUUAUUCCUGAUCAGAAGAAAGUAAAUGUGUUUUUCUGUUUUCGCGUGUAUGGACGUUGUUAUAGCGACCGAAACAGCUUGUUUUGAUCAAUGAAUUAAAGUUUGUUAUAAUAUGCUCUAGCACUUAUAUGAAUGAUCUUUUUGAAUUCUGCUCUUAAAGGUAAAUUUGAAUUUUGGACAAAUAGAGCAGACAAUAUUCGAAUUUACACUUUAUAAAUAAAUAAAAAGAAUUGUUAUUAGUUUGAUCAUAUGAUAUUUUUAUCUUAUAUUCAAAUAUAGUGUGCACAAUUUUUAGUAUGUCUCGAUAUAAGUGGAUUAAAAACAACAUUUCAUUUUUUCCCUUCCACUUCUUGAGUCAUUAUGAAUAUUUUUAACUAUAUAGUAUAAUUAAGUAAUAAUUAGAAACCAACUGUUUCGAUAAAAUAUCAAUUGUGAAAUCGUUUUCUGUUAUUUUGAAAUUGUUUGAAUCAAGCAAGGUGGAUUAAAUUAUUCCUGGAAAUACAUGAGGGUGUUAAUAUGGUAAUUAGCAGGUAAUGUAAACUGUAUGUGGUCGACUUGAGUCCGACUUCUGUAUAAAUUUUAAGCUAAUAUCUUUAAAAGAAUUUUGAGUUCUUAGUUUUCUAUUAUUUAUGAUUACCUAACUCUCGAUUGAUAAAUCAAUAUUACGACAUAAUUAAUCUAAAAAAAGAGAGAGAGAGAGAAACAAGAAAAAUUAAAAUCGCGAUAUAUAUAUAUAUAUAUAUAUAUAGAUUGUAGACAUAAGUUCUGCGUUUCUGUAACAGUAUACAGAUUUAUUUAUGUAAGUUUGCCAUUUAUAAUAAAGUGUAAUAAAAUGCAGAAGACGGAACUAUUCACAUAGUCUUAGACAGUGUUUAAAUACUACACAUAUAAAUGUAGAUAAUACUGUCAAAAAAAUAAUUUCAAUCGAUGAUUAUAUUAUAUUAUUUAUAUUUAUCUAUGAAAAAAUUUAAAUAUCAUAAUUUUGUAUUUUCGACUAUCUAGUACAACAAAACUAAAAAUAAUGUCCCCAAUUGAGAUAUAAAUUUGAUAAUAUAGUAAUCAAAGAGAUAUAUUCUAUAUAUUUUUCAAAACUUUUAUUACUGUAUUUUAUUCAUUUAUUUCUAAAUAUUAUUUCCUCGAAUCUUGUAUAAAAUAACAUUAAUCGUAGAUAACUAAUCUUAGGUAGACUAAAUUUUAGUAUUUAAAAUUGGCUUUAUUGUUAUUAAUAUUAUAAUUAAUCGAUCGUCAAACAUCUUUCAACAAAAGAUAAAAAGAUAAAAAUCCUCACACACGGAUGUAACACGUUUAUUCCUUAUAACUAAGUUGUAAUUUUAUGGUGCCACAGGCGGUGGAAAGGAGUGGCGUGGCGAGUGUAGCUGAUGAUGGGGUAGCUGAGAGUAAGCAGUAAGCCGAGUAGCAGGGCUGUAAGCAGUUUGCAGUAGCGAGCGGUUGGUGGUCUGGUGAAAGCAGGUUCGCGCGAGUCGAUCAGGGCGAGAAAAAGAGAGAAAGUGUGUGAGCGAAAGCUGUCUCUCUCUGUGGGGGGUCGGCGUGCAGAAAUUGCAGAGGGUACGGUCUCGAGAAUGCAGACAAAUUUGCAGAGAGCACAACGAAAAGCCACACACAGUUGCUGGUCUUGACCACCGUCCGGUUUGCAGGUAGCACGUGAACAUCACCAGACCUCGCGAGCGACGACUCGACAUUUCAACUUUUAUGUCUACCAAUUGUUUCGCGUAUUUCUUAAAAGAUUUUUGGCAAUGUUGGUUUAUUCGAAACCAAUUAUAUAUUAUUUUAUUCCCAGCUAUAUAGAUUUGAUUCAUAAGUUACGAAUUUGAAUCGUAAAUAUAAAUAUUUUACAAAUUAAUCAAUAUAAUCGCAAAGUGAUUUAAUUUUAUAGUUACAUUUUAUAAAUUUUUAAAAGUAGUUUUUUUCAAAAUAAUUUAAUAUAUGUAAUGAAUUUUUAAAACAAUUUUAUUUUGACUUUCACUUUUUUUAUUUUUUUUUAUUUUUGUAUUUUUUUUUGAUGAUAUUUUUUUCUAUACAAUUUUUAAUUAAAAACUUGAUAAAUCCGUUUGUUUAAUAUAUUUACAAAAGAGUCUUGCAUCGCAUAUCGUCCUCGGUAAGAUCUAUAAAAUUAAUUUUUAUAUGAUCAUCGCUUGAAACACUUGCCGCCACAUUUCAAAUAAUUGAAAGAAGUGAGGGAGGGAAAUGGGAAAAUUCUUUUGCUUUUCCUGUGUUUUUUUUCAGGUUUUUCAGGCAUUCGUCAUUAAAAUAGUAAGUAUUUUAGAGGUAAGACAAUGUCACAGUUAAUAAAAGAUUUUUUUUUUUUAAGGAAAGAAGGAAUCUUUGUAGAGAAAUGAAGAGUUCAAUCAAUAAAGAAUUCUUGUUGAAGAAA